GAGGCGCCGUUAGACUUGGUGUGUCUGAUUGGCUGUUGUCUGGGCCAAGGGUUCGGAGGCGCCCAACAUAUGGCUGGUGUGACAGAAGGCAGUUCGUGUGCCAUAUGGGGUUUGGGUGCCAUUGGUUUGGCCACCGCCCUGGCCUGUAAGGAUGCCGGCGCUAAGAGAAUAAUAGCGAUCGACACUAACCCGGAUAAGUUUGACUUCGCCAAAAAGUUUGGUUGCAACGAGUUUCUAAAUCCUAAAGAUCUCAAGAUUCCAGUUCAACAGUAUUUCCAGGACCAGGGUGGACUCGACUAUACUUUCGAGUGCGUCGGUGGCAACCAAAUGGUGACACUGAGGGCGGCGUUUGAGUCGUUGGCCCCGUGGGGCACCUGUAUCUUCUCGGGUGUGACCAAAGCCCACGUCGAGCUCUCCAUCAAACCCAACAUGUUUUUGGACGGACGCACUAUCCGGGGCUCCACUUAUGGCGGUCUUAAGAGUCGCACCGGUGUCCAGAAUUUGGUCGAGAAGUUC